UGGGAGCAAUUAGUCGCUCACUUAAAUACUAUGGGAAGAAAUGGGAAGUCAAAAGAUAUAAAGUCAUGGAAAUCGUUACGACAGGGAACAUUGGUGGUCCUCCUAUCACACUGACGGAUCGAGAAAAAAAGAUUUUAGGCCUUAUAGGACUAAAUUAUGUGGAAGGUGUACAAUGUCCUGAUUCAUUUCCAGAGGAACAGGGAGAAGCAAUGCAUUUGCUUACUGCAGGGGACGAAAGAAUUUUAAAUGAUAUUCCAGAGUCAUUAACAUUAAGAAAUAACGAGAUUAUAGAACAUGACGUUAAUUAUACAGAUUAUGAAGUGCUACAUGAUAUGGGAAAUGUUAUUGAAGAAGGGUCAUCUUUCAAUAAUAUUCAAACACACUCACAAAUUCAAAAUGUGGAGAUUGCAGAAUGUCAUCGUGAAAUAACAGAACCACCAUCCGCUAUUCAAAUUGAUGAUCCACAACGGCUCACAACUGUAACGCAAAGUUCGAGCAAGAAGCGAAAAAGACCACAAAUUACAAGGAUGAACGGUUGGGUAUACAACUGCACAAUGCCAGAGAAGAUUUGCGAUCCUAGCCGAACGCCAAAUUUCAUGUAUGGAGAUGUUUGCAAAGGCAAUGCAACAAAUUGCGGAUAAU